AUGGAAAAUAGCAGGUCAUCCUCGCCAAUGAUGCACUUGGACUUGAACAACUUUGACUCUCCUGAAGCAGAGCUGAGCAGAUAUGUGCUGACCAGUCCGAGAUCACUGGAGUCUUGCGCGAGGCUGGGGGUGAAACCCAUCGACCUGCUCUUCAAGGCUCUCACUGACUUCAUGGAGGAGCACCAGGACAUGCCUUUGGAGGCGCUUACAGCUCUGUAUGAGGUUUAUGAGCGAGAGCGGAGGGAACGUCUCCGGCUGUGUCGAGAGGAACGAGACAGGAUUGUGCAGGAGGAGAGGGAGCCGGUGUCGGCCAUGAAGCCUUUCUCAGCUUUGGAAACGGUGCUGGAGCAGGCCAGCGAGAGCCAGAGCAGCGACUCCAAAGCCAGGUGCCACAGGGAACCGGCAUGGACAGGAAAGAGACGAUCCGUAGUUGAGUUCGCUCAGGACCUCCCGAAGUCACCGUCUGAGCCGUUUUCUACUCAGCUCCUGCCUGUCAGUCACAGCCUGGGUGACCUGCGGCACUCUCCGGCCACGGCGAGGCGGCUAGGCAGGCUCAAACAGGACAUCUGCAGGAAGCUGAGCGUCACCGUCCCAGAGAAAGACUGCAAGAUCGCCGCGCUCAUGCUGGUCAAGCAGGAGGAGGAGGAGGCCCGCUUACAGCAGAGCCAGCUGGAGGAGCUGCGGCGCGAGGAGGCACGGAGAAAGGAGGAGGCGCGGCGGGCCCUCGCAGAGCGCAGGAGGCGAAAAGAGCUGCUGCGCAGCCUCCGCCACUGGCACGAGGACUUUGAGGCGCGGAGGAGGCGGCGGGAGAUGGAGGAGGCGCAGAAGGCGCGGCGCCAGGAGUGGGAGACCCUGGAGCAGGAGGAGCGCUGGAGGAGGCGGGCGCAGGAGCAGGAGGAGAGACGGCGGGGCCAGCUGGAGACGGCUCGGCGGGAGGCAGAGGAGCGCAGGUGUCGUCGCGAUAGGCUGCUGGAGGAGGUGCAGAGGAGGGAGCAGGCAGAGCGGGAGGAGGAGCUGGAGCAGGCGAAGUUGAGGGAGCGUCAGGCCAGGAGAAGCAGGAGCAGCAGGGAGAGGAGGGAGCAGAGGAGGUUGAGGGAGGAGAAUCAGCGAGAGCGGCUCCGCCACUCCCUCCUGAAGCAAGAAGUGGAGGAGAAGGCCCGGGCCGAGGGGGAGGCGAAGAGGGACGCGCUUGAGCGGAGGCUGCAGCGCUCAGUGGAGAAGCACGCCCGGCUGCUGGAGGCGCGGCUAGAGGAGUUGCGGGAGCGGGCCCAGCAGGAGGAGGCGCGGGCCAGGAGGGCGCAGCUGAGGGCUGGCCGGGAGCAGAAGGAGCGUCAACAGGAGAAGGAGGUGCUGGCGCAGCUGAGCCUGAGGAGAGCGAAGGAGGCGCAGCGGCAUGUGGCGGAGCAAUGCAGGAGGCGUGCGCGGCAGGUCAAGCUGGAGAACCUGGAAAAAGAAGCGGGUCACUGUAGGCUCUGGGAGCGCGUUCUGAAGGAGGGGGAGGUGCAGCAGGAGCAGCGGAAGGAGGCCGUGGCCUUGAAGGAGCGGCGCAGGGAGCAGCUGCGGAGGGAGCGGGAGGAGGCGCUAGAGAGGAGUCGUAAAGUGGCCCACGCCUCCUGCUGCAUGAGGGAGAUGGUGCGAGAGCAAAGCCGCAGCAGAACGUUCCAGCAGAUGGCGCUGCAGGCUGAGUUGAGCGCCCGUCUGAGCCGAAUGAAGCUCUGAACGUUUCAGAUGGUUGGCUUUCA